AUGAUGAAAUGCCCCGACAUCGCCGUCCACUUUGGUAGCAUCGGCGGAAUCAGCGGAGAUAUGUACCGCUUUUACCGCCGCUACUCUGCGCUUUGGCUGUGA